AAAGAUGGGAAGAAAAUUCUUCUGCCUUCUGGUAGCUUCAACUUUGAUAGCCUACUACAUCUACCAGCCUUUACCAGAGAAUGUGGAGGAGCCCUGGAAGCUGACCCUUUUAGAAGCUAGCAUUAGAAGCCUAAACCAUGCAGCCACAAUUGUGGAGAAGUUGGGUCUUGGACGCUAUAUGGAUGUUAUAAAUCUGUACAUGAGGUUUGAAUAUACAGCACCAACAUCUGAUGAAAAUGUUAUUGUAACAGACACAGAAUUUAGCCAUGUUCCAGUACGUCUUUAUAUUCCUACAAAGCAGUCAGAUGUCUUGAAAAGAGCAGUGAUUUUCAUCCAUGGAGGUGGAUGGUGUACAGGAUCAGCAAGCAUGAAAGCCUAUGACCUCUUAUCAAGAUGGACAUCAGAAAGACUAAAUGCUGUUGUGGUGUCUGUCGAUUACAGACUAGCGCCAAAAUAUCGAUUCCCCCUUGCAUUUGAAGAUGUGUACUCAGUAUCAAAAUACUUUCUACAAAGCAGCAUUCUGGAGAAAUAUAAUGUAGACCCAAGUCGCAUCGCCAUUGCAGGAGACAGCGCAGGAGGUGGCUUAGCUGCAGCUGUAACCCAGCAGAUUCUAGAUGACCCUGACGUCAAGACUAAAUUCAAAAUUCAAGCUUUAUUGUACCCUGGUCUUCAAACUAUUGAUGCCGAAUUGCCAUCCCUUCAGGAUAAUAAAAACAUGCCAAUUCUGCCUAAAACAUUAGUAAUCAAAUUCCUCAGUGAAUAUUUUCCAUCAGAUGACUUUUUUUNUAGUUUGAUUUGA